AGUUCGAAACGAGCCGAAGGCACGAAACACUUGAAGAAAAUCGAGUAGAAUGCGAAAUAACGAGUAAAACCCAAUUGGAAUCGAAAAUCCACCGUCGAACGCGAAGGUUGUGUCGCACGGCGACGCAAAAAUGUAAACUCGGCAUACAUAGGGGAAACAUUUCGUUGUGCGGUUAUCCGUAUCCCGGCUCAAGACGCGUGCGAGCGAGAGCGAGAGCGCCUAUGCGGCCGUGUGAAAAUAGCGGUACAUGGCCAAAGAAAGUCCUACAGAAUCAGAAAUUAAUAGCCUAACUGCUGAUUUUAGAAAUAUUUUUAACUAAAAAGUGAAGCAAAGUGAAGUGCAAAAACAGAAACCGGUUCGCCUCUGCAGCAGGCAGCAGCAGCAGCAGUAGCAGGCAAAAAGGAGAAAAAACAACACACACAAAAAUCAAAGACAGCAAAAGAAUUUUUGUUGUUAGGCCCAAAAGCCGUGCGGCGGCCGGUGAGCGUGUGUUGGUGUGUGUGUGUGUGUUUGUGAGUGCGUGCGAGUGUGUGUGUGUGUGAGCAUCUCAAAGAAGGAGAAAAAGAAAGAAAAAAAAACGGCAAAGCGGUAGGAAAAUAAAAACGCAGUAGGAAUUUCUUGUUUUCCAAAAAAAAAAAAAGGAAAAAAACAACCAAAAAAGCAAGGUAAACCUGUUCCCUCUGCAGCCAACAACAACAUCCAACAUCGAAGCAAGAAACAAAAAUAAAAUAAAAAUUACUGGCCAGAAGAAGAAAAAGAAAAAAGUGGCACAAGUGAAAAUUCCUGUGUAGUUCACGUUUAUUAUUAUUUUUGCUGUUUUUUGCUGACAAUCGGCCCCAAAAGUGAAAAUCAAUUGGCCAGAGCGCGCGCGCAAGGAGCAAGAGGACGCCCCAGGACGCACAGAGAGUGAGAGAGUUAAAGAGAGAGGAGGUCCUGCCAAAUAUAGAAUUCGUCCUUUUGUCGGGGCCCCGAAAAAUACCCAACCCAAGGAACGAAGAAAACUGAACGAAAAACAACAACAAACUGAAAAAGUAAACAAAAUUGCGCCGGACUGAACGAAAGCGGGACGAAAGGGGAAUUGCAACGGGAAAAAGGUAAUUAAAUGCUAUGCGACCUACAGUUUGAGAAGCAUUGGAUUCUAGGCAAAGGCACUCAGAACUCAGAUGAACCACCAUGCUUCAAAGUCAACAAAGAGUGUUUCCAGAAAUGUCCCAACGAAACGGAUUCCAUCAGCAGAAGGCACAGACCAGCCUACCAGCCAUUAAAUAAGACACUUUUUGGAUACAAAAUUCUACAAAAAAUAACAAAGAAACUUAAAAAAAAUUAAUUAAAAAGGAAAUACUAAGAAGAAAAUUAUCAAAACAAGUCAACUCCCUAAAGAGAGGGAGCUCUUCCAUAAAGUGCGUAUAAAAAGCCGUCAAAAUUACGACGUACCACCCACCCACGCCCAAGGUCAAACAGAACCCGGCCAAUACGGACGCCAUGUCCGGGCCGGGGGCGUUUGACGAUGAGCCGCCACCGGAGCCCCGGGACGGAUGGCUGCUGGUGCGGAUCCACGUGCCGGAGCUGAACGUCUACAAGUGCCUCCAGUUCCCAUCGGAGCGGCUCGUCUGGGAUGUCAAGCAGCAGGUGCUCGCCUCGCUGCCGAAGGAGCUGAAGGAGAGCUUCAACUAUGGACUCUUCGCACCACCCUCCAACGGCAAGGCGGGCAAGUUCCUGGACGAAGAACGGCGCCUGGGCGACUAUCCCUUCAAUGGACCCGUUGGCUACUUGGAGCUCAAGUACAAACGUCGUGUUUACAAGAUGCUAACCCUGGACGAACGCCAACUGAAGGCCCUACACACGCGGGCCAAUCUCCGGCGCUUCCUGGAGUGCAUCAAUGGCGGCCACGUGGAGAAGAUAGCCAAGAUGUGUGCCAAGGGCCUGGAUCCCAACUUCCAUUGUUCGGAGAGCGGGGAGACACCCUUGUCGGUGGCCACCGGUGCCAAGAAGCCCAACAAGCUGCUCAUUGCUCUGGUUAAUGGUGGCGCCUUGCUGGAUUACAGGACCAAGGAUGGCACCACGGCCUUGCACCGAGCUGUGGAACACGAUUCCCUAGAGGCGGUUAGUACCCUCUUGGAACUCGGAGCCUCGCCAAACUACCGCGACGGGCGUGGCAUUACGCCCCUGUACAUCUCUAUUACCCGGAAGUGCGAGGCCAAGAUCACGGAGAGCCUGCUGCACGAUCAUGCCACACUGGGCAUCCAGGACAGCCAGGGCUGGAACGAGGUGCAUCAGGCCUGUCGGCAUGGCCUGGUCCAGCACCUGGAACACCUGCUGUUCUACGGUGCUGACAUGGAUGGCCGCAAUGCGUCCGGCAAUAGUCCGCUGCAUGUGUGCGCUGUUAACAACCAAGAGGCUUGUGCUAGAAUGCUUCUAUUUCGGGGCGCCCAGCGAGGUGCCCAGAACUUUGCCAAUCAAACUCCCUACCAGGUGGCUGUCAUCGCCGGCAACUUGGAGCUAGCCGAGAUAAUUGAGAACUACAAGUCGGAGGAUAUUGUUCCCUUCCGCGGGCCGCCGCGCUACAAUCCGAAACGCCGAUCGGGCAUCGGGUGGCUGAGCGCCAACGGAGCCGCCGGCGCCGCUCUGCUGGCAGCGGCUGGCGGUGGUUUUGGUGGUGCAAUGAUUGCCGGCUCCACCAACGGUGGCAUCAAUGGCAACGGGGCUGCCGGUGUCGGUCUGAUGCUCAGCCAUCAGAACCACCAACAGCAUCACCUCCAUCAGCAGCAGCAGCAACAGCAUCUUCUGCACCACCAGCACCACCACCAGCAGCAGCAACAGCAGCAGCAUCUGCCCCACCUACAUGCGUUGCAGCUGCACGGCCCCCCGUCGCCCUGCCCCUCGGAGCACAUGCUGGGCGCCUACAGCUCCGCCAGCUCCAGCCUCUCCGAGGGCUCCUCGGGCCACCGAUCCCACGAGGACGACAUCAGCAUUGUGACAGACAAAUCUCUGGGCGACACCAGCGACAUCAUCAGCGAUUCGUCCGGCGUGGGAACCAAUUCGGACUCGGCCGCCUGUUCCAUCGGCCAUCCCAGCACCACGGUGGUGUGCAUGGAGCCAUAUGCCGGCAACACGGUGGGACACAUUCGCCUCCAGCCGGGCGAUGUCAUCGAGGUGGUGGGCAGCACCGACUGCGGCCUGCUGGAGGGCUAUGUCCGCGGCACCAACCAGUCCGGCUUCUUUCCGGCCGACUGCGUCCAGGAGGUGAGUCUGCGCCAGAAGCACAUCACCAAUGUGAUGACCGCCAGCACGGGCAUGGCGCCCCAGCAGCUGCAACAGCAGCAGCAACAACAGCAACAGGCGCCCAGUGCCUCCUCCUACCAGGGUUCGCCCCAGCUGAGUCUCGGCGGGCAUUCGGGCAGUUCCAGUACCCUGCUCCAGCAGCCACAUCACUCACCAUCGCUAUCUGUGGCCAGCAACGGGUCCUGCCACCAGCAGGAGACCAAUGGCGGGGCAGGGGGAGCUGGCAGCAACCACAACCACAGCAACAACAACCACUCGGUGGGACAAUACAGCAGUGCCACAGCUCCGCGCAUUAAAAAGAGCGCCUACAAUGCCCCACGUUCGGUGGUGCUGCACCGUGCCAAGCGCGGCUUCGGCUUCAUCCUGCGCGGCGCCAAGGCCAGCUCCCAGCUGAUGCAGCUGCGCCCCUCGGAGCGCUUCCCGGCCCUCCAAUAUCUGGACGAUGUGGAUCCCGGCGGCGUGGCCGACAUGGCCGGUCUGCGUCCCGGCGACUUCCUGCUGACGAUCAACGGCGAGGACGUGAGCGCCGCCUCCCACGAGCAGGUGGUGGAGAUGAUCCGGUCGGCGGGUGCCCUGGUCAACAUGACCGUGGUGUCACCGCAAUUCCCCCACCAGAUGCAGGCCAGUGCCCAGUAUUUGCCCAGCGGCGCAGCCCGGGCCGGAAGCCAGCAUUUGUCCAGCGGACCGAGCACGCCGCAAAGUGCCCACCGGCAGUGCGCCACAUUGCCCCGAAAGAUGACGGGCCCGGGUCCGGGUUCCUCCUCGGGAGGCAGUGUGCGCAUGGCCCCGAUGCCACCGCGUCGGGAUCCGAAGACCACACUGAGUGUGGGCCGGGCCAGGGCCAAGUCCAUGGUGGCCGGUCUGGAGAAUGGAGGCGAAAAGGAUGACGACUUGCCGCACACCAAAUCCAAUUCGGUGGAGUCCAUAGCCACGACGCAGGCGACGGGUGGUGGCAGCAGCAACCAGACUGGACCGGGCACUCCCGUCCAGCUGCGCACCGCCAGCAUCAAGGCGAGGCCCACGUCCAGUCGCAUCACGGCCGCCGAGCUGGAGGAGCUCUUCCAGCGGCAGCAGGGCGAGGGCAGUGCGGCGAAUGCCAGCCGGUAUGCCACCAUGAUGACCAGUUCCCGCUUCCAGUCGGGCACGGACAGUGGAGCAGCCACUCCCCCGGCCGCCAAUGGGUCGCCGAUGAGGAGUGCUGGCCCCCUGGUCUACGGCAGUGUGGCGGAGAUGAAGCGCAAGACGGCGAGGAGCAAGCACGGAAGCGGCACACUGCGGGGCAAGCCCGUGGCCACCCCAACCGUGGGUCCGGGCGGUGCAGCAGGCGGCGGAAAGGAUCUGAAGCGAUUCCAUUCCACUCCAGACUUGCACGGACCGCAGCUGCAUGGCUCGGCUUCGUCCAUUUGGCAGGCGGCCGGCAAGGGUCAUCACUCGCAGGACGAUGUGGCCACGUUGCAUGCCUCCUUGCAGCGCCUGAACUCCACGCCAGGAGAGCUUAAAGUAGGUGCACUAGCAGGAUCAGGAGCAACAGCUGCUGCUGGAGGAGGAGCAGUACUGCCACCGCCCAACCAUCCACCACCGCCACCGCCAGUGGGUCAGGUGGUCAAGGUGGAGACGCGCAGCAGUGUCUCGGAGUACGAGAGCACCAUCUCCUUGCAGCAGAAGCUCAAGAAGCGGGCCGAAAACGAUGCAGUCACCAGUGCCGCCAUUGAUGGCGUCCAGAGCAGCUUCAAUCCUUCGGCGAACGCCAAGAUCUAUGCCUCGCCGCAGGAGCUGCGCAACGUUAUGGCCUGGAAGCUACGCCAGGCUCAAGAGAAACCAUCCCAGGAGACGACCGGAGGCUCCCAGCCGAUCAGUCAGUAUGCUGCUCCCACGCAAAUGCGUCCCCCGCCGCAGCAGCAGCAGCAGCAACAGCCACAGCCACAGGUGGCCUCCCACUAUGCCGCUCCCCAGGUGCAAGUCCAUGUGCAACAGGUGGCGGCACCCCAAUCCCCGCCGGCUCCACCGCCGCCCCAACAGUCUCCGCCAGUAGUGGCACAAAAUGGAAACGGAACUGUCAGUGGCGCAUCCGGAGCAGCUCCACCUAUACCGGAACCCGAUUACAGCUGCAGUGAGUCGGAUGGGGAGGAUGAGAACUCCAUUUUGGUGGCGCGCAACACCAAGCUCAAUGAGAAGAUUGCCUUGUUCGAUGUUCCCGAGACCAGUGGCAAUAGUCAGGCCAGUGGCAGCAGUUCCAACUCAGGCAGUGCCUCCAUUUCGCACUCACUCUCCGUGGAGGAGAUCCAGCGCAUUCGCAGCAAUCUCAAGACCUCAAAGUCCUCGCCCAACGGCUUUGCCAAGAAACCAGAGGAGGAGCAACAGCACCAGCCACAGCAACAGCAGCAGCAAUCCCAUCCAGGAGCGCCACAUCAGCUGCAGCCAGGCGAGGAUGAGUGCGAUAAUAGCAGCUCUGGGGUGAGCAGUGAGCAGGAGCAACUGGCUCUGGCAGGUGGAGGUGCAGCAGUGGGGGUCAAACCCACCGAUACCAUUAAGAAAAAACCCUCGGUGACCAUUGUGGAGGAGCCCAAGACCAUACCCGAUCAGCCGAUCAACAACACCACCACCUCCAGCAUCACAACCACCAAGCCCAUGGCCAAGACCACCAUCAGCAUAGGUGGUGGUGCAAGUGCUCCAGCACCCACAGCCACUUUGACGGUGAAGCAACUGGUGCAGCAGCAACAUGCGCCUGUUAUACAGCAGCAGCAGCAGCAAAUGGGUGGCAACAAAGUCUCCAUAAGCAAUAAGAUGCAGCAGCAACAGAUGCAACAGAUGCAACAACAACAGAUGCAACAACAACAGUUGCAGCAACAACAGAUGCAACAGCAACAGUUGCAACAGCAGCAACAUCAGCAACUGCAGCCACAGCUGAACAACAAGCAGCAGGUGAUGAGUCCCCAAGUCUUGGGUCGCAUCCCCAAUGUCCAUCACCAACAGCUGCAGCAACAGCAGCAGCAACAACAGUCGAAUCCCAACCAGAAGCUGAUUGCCACCCAGCAGCAGAUACUGCAGCAGCAGCAACAGCAGAUGGCCCACCAGCAGCACCUGCAGCAGAUACUCAAGGCGAAGGCGGCAGCAGCCGGAGGAGCCAGCAAUACGGCGGCCUUGGUGGCCAAACACCAGCAGCAGCUGCACAAGGGCGGCUCCGCCAGCGGCCACGAGUCAGAGAUGGAACAGCGCUCCGAUUUGGAGGAUGAUGAUGGCGAUUUAAGUCCUUCGCCGCCUGCAAAGGCUUUCCAGCGGCACAACUCCUUGACCCGCAAACAGGCGGCGGCCAUUGCCAUGCAAAGGGGUGCCACUCGAACUUCGGCAGUGUCCCUUAUGCAAUUGCCCCCUCCUCUAGAGGCGGACAGUGAUGGCGAGCCGACACAGCAUACCUUACAGCGUCAUCCUCAUCCCCAUCCUCACCAGCAACAGCAGCAGCAACUCCAGCAACUGCAGCAGCAGCCACAACCGAUGGCCACACAUAUUGUGGGCAUGUUGCCCAGCGGACAGCUGGUGGCUGUUGCUUCUGGCGCCGUUGCUGGCGUUCCGGGCGUUGGAGCGGCUGUGGCGCAUCCGGGCAACAACAAUCUGCAGCAGCUGUGCACCGAGAAUCUGGUGUUGGCGCCACCGCCGCAGUUCUGCGAUUGCAACGAUGCCAAGCACGCGCCACAGCCGCAUCUGCCAACUAGCCAACAGUAUCAUACACAGCAGCAACAACAGCAACAGCAGCAGCAGCAUCAGCAGCAGCAGCAACAGCAACAGCAGCAACAACAACAGCAGCUGCAACAGCAACUGCAACAACAACAGAUGUUGCAGAUGCACCAGCGGCUGUCCGGUGGUGCUGGCCCCGGGGCGGUGAGCACUCUGGGCCGUGUGCGAAUUGUGGGCUCCAUGCCCAAGGCCAACCACCAUCGGUUGCACUAAAAACUAGUAGGCUCAGAAGAUCACUUGCGAUCCCAUGAAAUCAAAUCAACCGUUUGCCAAAUCGUUAAAUCGUUAGCUUAGUGUUAGUCCAACAACAGUCAUUGCCACUCUCACAACGAAUAGAGCUGCAACUGUCACUGCAAACAGCAACUGCCUGCACCCUAAAAACACAAAUGAGAAAAUCGAGUAUUGAGUAUAGCGAUUUCUUUGAUUAGAGAAUCAAAUGUUUAAUUACACUUUUUUAUUUUAUAUAUAUUUAUUGCGUGUGAUAUAAAUUUAUGUAGGCUGACCGCGAGCAGCAACUAAACGAUAUUUGCAAUCAACCAGCAAGUACGAAUGCAAUAUUUUACGAUUAGUUUCUCCAUAAAAGUCCCCGAUUGAAAGCAAACUGAAAGGCAAGAAAGGGUUUUCGUUCUUUUAGUCUGUUUUCGAGAAGCAUUAGAUCCGAUUUUAAGAUCGAUGAUUUUAGUUUGUAAUGUCAGAAGGUCAGAGAUAGGCAGAGGCGAGCGAGUUCAUUUCUUCAGUAUCCAUCCAUUAAUCAUUCGUGUUCGUGUUCGACUAGUGCACAAAAACAUUUAAACGACAUUAACAUUAUAUUCUAACACACAACUAGUGUAGGUUUUAUAUGCCUAAAAAAUAAAAAGUAUAAAAAAGCGAAGCAAGAAGAGGGAAAGUGUUAGGCGAGAGGAGAAAGUUGCACCGAGUAACAAUAAUAUUUGAAUUUGAGCAUUUAGCCGAAUUUCCAGUCAAGUCAAGUCAACUAAACUAAUACUAACAAAUACUAAAUGAUUAAAACGUAUAAUGUUUUUAAACGUGAAUAUUUAUAAAAACAAAAAAAAAGGAAAAUAUUUCAAUAGGCGGCAAAUUUUAUAACCCAAAAAAAGAAAUCGAAAAAAAAAACAAAUAAUUGCAAUCGAAAACAAAACGUAAAUUUUUGCUAGUAAAAUUUACAGAUUUUUUACUUUUAAUCGAUUUUUUUUCUAAAAUUGUUUUUUAGAGAAAAUCUUUAACUUGCCAGAGCCAGAGUAUUAAAAAUCUGAGGCCGUCGAUUAUUAACAAAAGCAACGUAUUGUAUUGAUGAUGAAUGAGGUUCUCAAAUAUUUGCCAGCGCUUAAUGCAAAUAUCGUCAUAGGCAACCCAAAAAACUUACAUAUAUAAUGCGUUCUCACGAGUAACAAUUAUUAUAACUAAGGCUGAUUUUAUUGCAUAAUAGAUACAGAACACAGACAGAUCCAAGAUACAGAUACAAAUACUGCGUUCGCGUCUAAAAGUGAAUUAAUAAUGAAGAUGAACUCAACUAACCAAGCAAGCGAUUGAUGCAUUUAACAUACAUUGUUUAAAGCUUAAACUGAAAACACAAAAACUCAUUGAGGUAUUACGAGAAUCGGAUGGAGGAGAUAAACAGAAAUUGUUCGAAUUGGCGGGCCGCACCUUUAGCACUAGCAUUUAAGUGUUGAAAAGUUAGUAAACCUAAAACUAAACCAUAAUGCAUAAACAUACGAGUAAUUAUUGGAAGAUCUAGCAUCUAAUUAGUUUUUAGCACACUUUUUAGUUCUCGCAAUAGUUGCUAAUUAUUUGUAAAUUGUUUUAGUUUCGAAAACCGCACUCCACGCGUAAAUGUACACAAAAAAAAAGGAAAAUACCUAUAUAAUUAGCCAUCAAGCUUGUUAAUUUUUAAGUUGAUCUGGAGUGCUCAGUUAGGUCCUAUCCGCAAGAAUAACAAUUAAAAAUGCCCAUGCAACCCGUUGGCUUUCAGCUGAAUUCGCGGAUGUGUUGCAAUGGCUACAUAUUGAAUUAUUGAAUAUGCGUACACACCAUAAUAAUGUUAAACAAUUAAAGCACACACCCCCCCUAUACACCACACACACAUACACUUUAAAUGCAUGUAUUUAAAAUGGAAUAUUAUAAAAAUAUUUAUCAUAAGUCGUAAAAUAUGCAAUUAUGUAUUAUGAACAUGCGUAUGAAGAAUCAAUAAAUAUGAAUGAAAACUAAA